GACUACUACCGGGAGGGAGGUAUGAACAUCCGCAUCCACUUCUACUGAAUUAAACCCUAAUUGAUUAAUUAUCCACCAUUAACCCUACUCCGAUCAUCCUCGAUUUUUUCACCCAUGGAACCAAGCGCCUUACAGAAGUCGAUGAACAUGGCUAUGAGCAGAUUCAGGGAAGAAUCUGAAGAGGAAGACAUGCCGCGGAAGAAAAAGAAGGUCGAUUGGUUUCUCCUUUUAACAGAUGACAUUGUUGUAGAAAUCCUUAAAAAGCUUCCUUCUAGCGUUCUUCGUUACAGGGGUAAGUAUGUCUGCAAGCGAUGGUUUAACUUAAUUACGAAUCAGAUCUUGCUAGACCAUUCUUCUUUCAUCAUCCAAAGGUCAAGUGGACUUCACCGAGCACGUCAUAUUGUCGUGCGGGAAGUAAAACAAAAACUGGAAUUUGAAGAGACAUAUCUUGAAAUACCUUGUAGAGGACGGAUCAAGUCUUGGUGUAAUGAGUUCCUUUUGAUGGUAGAUCCAAAGAGAAACGAAACUUUGUACGUGUACGAUCUGCUUACCAAAAAAGGAUUCAAUCUUCCCCAAUGUUCUCGAUCUUGCGGAGGACACUAUACAAGCAAAUGUUGCAUAAGUCUUUGCUAUGAUGGAAUUCUGAGACUAUACAAGGUCAUUCACAUGUUUAUGGGCUCGCGAAUCCGAUGUCAAAUUCUUGUCCUCUUAAGUGAUGUGGUUUCUAUUAUUUCCAAUUUCCCAAAGUGGAAAAGGAUCAAAGUACCUAGCAACAUGGGUGAAGGGCAGUAUUAUUGGGGUGAUCCAGUUUCGGUUCAAGGAAGAUACCUCCAUUGGGAUGUUCAUUCAUCCGAUUACCUGGUUUCCAUGGAUAGCGUGCAAGAGAGAUUUUAUGAAACACGCCUACCAGGUUCCAACGACGAGCGUAUGAGAAACCAAUAUUCUUUUGUUGAGAUGAAUGGCUUCCUUGCUCUCCUUGAUAAAGUUUCGGGGAACAAAGCUAACCUAUGGAUUCUUAAAGAUUUUCAUAAGAUGAAGUGGGAAAAGUUGCAUUCGUUAAAUCUUUCGUGCCAUUGGUACCUUAGCAUAUACCCUCAGACCGACAUUCCAUUUCCUAUCUCUAGUGUGGUAAAUAAGAGACAUAUCAUCUUCAAGAAGCCAACUAGACCCAGGACCGUGAAUGGCCUGUUACGUUAUGAUCUGGAAACUAAUGUUGUGGAAGGCGUACCAUGUACUAUGUCCACUGGAUAUAACGACCGUUAUGUGGUUCAAUCUGUAGCACCAGAUCUUCUAUGGUAAGUGGAUGGAAAGUAAUCAUCUCUUUAUUUAAUAAUCUAGCACCUGGAUCAUGUAAGAAAGUAACCAUGUUUGUACUCGUGUUGUUUAACUGUAACAUUGCAUGCAUGAAACAUUUUAGGACCUUUUGCCAA